CAACACAUACGAGAAGAGUGGUGACUAGUUUCAUGAUAAAGCCUUGUGGAUAUUGAAUUAUUGAUAGAUUUCUGUGAUUUCAGAAGUUUUGAUUAAUAUAGACACCAAGAGAGUAAGAGAACGUUGGAAGCCUGCCUUGUUGUUUUGAUAAGGUGCCCGUUACAAAAGCAAGCGUUGGCUCUACAAACCACGGAGGAACCUCGUGGUCAUACUUUUUGACAACCACUGAGGAAACUCGUGGUCAUACCACUUAACAACCUCUGACGAAGCUCGUGGUCAUACCACUUAACAACUACUAACGAAGGUCGUGGUCAUACCUUUGACAACCACUGAGGAAACUCGUGGUCAUACCACUUAACCUCUGACGAAGCUCGUGGUCAUACCACUUAACAACCACUGAGGAAACUCGUGGUCAUACCACUUAACAACCACUGACGAAGCUCGUGGUAAUACCUUCUGACAACCACUGAGGAAGCUCAUGGUUGAAGCAUCUCACAACUAUUGAGGAAUCUCAUGCUAAUACCAUUUAAAAACCACUGACGAAACUCAUGUUAAUACCAUUUAUCAAUCACUGAGCAAACUUAUGAGAAAGAAAAAGCUACAUGUGACAACAACUGAGGAAGCUUGUACUAUCAUACCACAACCACAAUAUUAUAUGAGCCUCUCAGGAUGUUUGAGGAUGAUGAUAAUCUACAGUAUGUGGAACCAAUUACAAAGAGAUCAGAGAAAGUUUGGAGACCAAAGAAGAGGUAUGUUAAUACUAGAAAAAAGAGCACUGCGUUUGCAGAUGAAGAAAGAAAAUAUGACACACGAAUUACUGAAUGUCUAGCAGAUAAACUAUUUCAUAUCAAAGAUCCAAAGCUGCCCACUGUACAUGAUAAUAACUGGGUCAAGGUGAAAAGCAAAAGAAAGAAAUUGACUAAAAAGAAAAAAGAAGAUUUUGAACCAUACAUGAAGCACAGAAGAUCAAUCAAUGGUGUAUUUUUGGAACCAGGUGUUACGUAUAUUGGCAAAGCAGUCAAGACAUUCUAUAGAAGCCAUGAUAAGAAUAAACAAAACGACACAAAAGAGUAUAAAGUGUGCCAGAACCAAGAAAACAAAGAAAAAGACAUCAGUGUGCAAACAUAUGCAGAAACUCUACUGUGUAUUUAUUCUUCUAGUGUGAAGUCUCCACAUUCCAUGAACAUGUUCAAUGAAGCUAGUAAGCAAAUUGAGAGAAAGCAAAAUCAAUCUUACGCUGAUGUAACUAGUAGAGUAUGUCCGUUGUCAAAACCGCAUUUUGAUGUUGAAGUUAACGUAGAAGGUUGUAAUGUUUUUAAGAAGAUGGAAUACUUACGUCAAUACAGAGUACAUGCAGGUGGUAAAAAAAGAAAAGGUCAAGGAAGGAAUAGCAAAGGUUGGUUCACAAAGAGAAAUCACAAUUUAAAUGAUAAUUGCUCUGUUUCUCAAUUGAAUAAGAAAGGAGAUAUUAGAAUAGGCAAAGAUGAGAGAAAUGUAAAUGUACACUCAAACGAGACUGACUUUGUAAACUCCAGUGCUUGUCAAAAGAAUGAAUUAUCAAAAGAACAUAUUUGCAAUAUGGAAACUGGGAGUAUGAUAGACCAAGUUGAAUUACACAUUGACUUUGAAGAAAAAUGUAGUAGUGACAUGGAUACAUCUAUAAUGCACACUGAUAGUAACACAGGUCUUGGAAAUAGUGAAAUUGAGCCCAGCACUUUGGAAGAAAUUAACACGACAUGUGAACAUGUCAUGACUGUGAAAGAUAUAGAUGACAAUGCAUGUGAAACUCACAUUUUUCCAGAUGUCAUGUUAAAAGACAGCAGCAACAAUGCAACUCUGAUUGAGAAAAAUAAGCAAACUGAUCAGUUUAAUUGUACAAAUACCUUGGAAACAGUCUCAGAAGCAAAUGUCAUCAAUGCCAUUGUUACAGGAAAAAAAGAUAGUUUGUAUACUAAUUGCAAAGAAUCUGAAGAAGAAGUGCAGUUCAUAUCAAAUCUUGGAAUGCAUGAUAGACCAGACAAAUUUUUGAAAUUUGUGCCACUUGAACAAGAUAAAGAAAGCUGA